CUGAAGUAACAUCAAAUGAAAGCAGUAGAUGGAAACACAUGAACUGUAGCUUCAGGCUGAGGUAAUAUCAGGUGCAUCUCUACAGCCUCAGGGCUCAACUCCUACACUUUUAAGUCCCUCCCAUUGAAACAGCCUCCUUCAGUUUCACUUAAUCAAGCAGCGGACAGGUAGUUCUCUUUCAGCACUGACAGCAACAGUUUAAGCACCUCGAGCAACUGGAUCCCUGCUCCCAAAUUCUCAGUUACCUGUGGAAAGUGCCGUUUUCUCCUGAUGACUUCCAGAACUGGCUUCAAAUCAAAUCUUUUGAGAAUCUCAUUUAUAAAUUAGAAGGAAGUUUGAAGAAUAUACAUUUGACUGAAACCAAAUAAAAUCACCAUUAACAAACUGGUGUAAUUCCAAGAAUAAAAGGAAGAAGAUGAGCAUGAUCAAAGAACGUAAGCCAAAGAAACCUCAUUAUAUCCCGAGACCGCCAGGAAAGCCAUUUAAAUACAAGUGCUUUCAAUGCCCUUUCACCUGCAACGAGAAAUCACAUCUUUUCAACCAUAUGAAGUAUGGGCUUUGCAAAAACUCAAUUACUUUAGUGUCUGAACAGGACCGAAUUGUCAAGUGUUCAAAAUCAAAUUCCUUGGAACCAAAGCAGAUCAAUGAAGCAGAAUCUGAAACAAAACCAAUGUCUUCUAAAUCUCUCUCAAAUCUUGAUUCUAAACCUCAGUAUCUUUUUGCCAAAGAUGAUGCCAAGGAAAACAUAGAAGUUCAAAACCAAGCAAUAAGUAAUGGACAAAAAGCAUCAGUUCAGAAGGAAUUAACUCUGAUUGGUAACGAAGAUGGCAAUACAGCUAACAUACAGCCUGGCCUUGAGGGUAUUGUAAGACCUUCUGCUUUUGUUCCAGUAGAACACCGACAUGGUAAAGACAAUAAUGAUAUAUCUCAGUUGCCAUCUUUUUCUGAUUCAAACAAAAGCACUCCUUACCAUAUGAAGUCAGCAUUUCAUGCUCCAUGGAAAACAGGUUCCGCACUUAUUGCGCCAGAUUUUACUAACAAAAUUCCACCUGCAAAAGGGUUUAACUCUAUUCCAUCUUAUAUGCAUCCUUUCAUCCCCGAAUAUUCACCUUCACUCUAUGAACAUGGAUUGGCUAUCUAUGCACCUUACCUUCUCCCAGGAAACACUCAUGAGUGUGAUAGUCCAGUGCUCUCUGUCUACAGUUCUCACGAUCAAAGACAUUUUCUUCCUCAUCCUGGACCACUUUCUAAACCAAUGAAUCCUGCAACAUAUGAACACUACCGUUUAUUCCAGCAGUAUCAUCCUAAUCCACCGGUACCAUAUGGAUUCAGCAGACCAACAGAGUCAGCAUUUUAUAGGCUACCGCACAUUACAAGUAUUAACAGAGAUCCAAGUUCCCAUUUAAUGGAAGACACAACCUUGCUGUAUCCAGCAUCUUCCAGUCCAGCUACUCUACAUUCAAUAAAUACUCAUAGAAAAGCAGUUGACUAUGAGAAAGAAAUUCCUAUGGAGCAUGCCAAAAGUCAAUCCAAAGAGGACCAAAAUGAGAGAGAAAAUGCCAAAAUGAGUCCUCGUGCUGGAAGCGCAGCCACAGGGUCUCCAGGGAGACCCAGCCCAACAAACUUCACUCAGACAAGCAAUGGCACUUGUGAAGGUCUGUCUGACCUUUCCAGCAGGUCAUCUGCUAUUAAUAUUAACAAAUACGAUCAACCUGAAGGUUUUACAGCGUUCAGGCCUGUAAGGAAAACUACAAACCAGUCUACCUUGCCUCUACCACAGGAAGCAAGUGAAAAUCCACCCAGAAGUGAUGUCACUAGCGAAAAUGAAAAAAUGCAACAUGCAAGUGAUGGCGCAGAAGAGCCUUUGUCCAAUUCUGAUGACGACAUUGGGAUUGCACCACUUAAUCUCUCCAAGAAGCCAGAUACGAAUAUAACUCAUGAACAUAUGUACAAAAACACUUUGCAGCCGGAUCAUCAGAACUUCAUGGAACUCCAGGAAAUGCCUCUGAAUCUCUCAGUAAAAGACAACUGUAAUACAAAAUCACAGAGUCCAUCAUACGAAGCUGAAGACAGUGAAUCUCUUGAAAAUGAAAGCAAAAGUUUGGGAGCAGAAAUAUGCAACUCAGCAAAUCACACAGAUAGAAGCUCCUUUGUGCAGUCUCCUGUUGAAAUGCAGAGGAAAGAUGUGCAGGAGCUCAGGACAGUUGACAGUUGUGAUGAGCAAAAACAGACUGCAGCAGUUGCUCUGUGUCAGUUGGCUGCCUAUAGCCCUGGUAAACUCCAAAUGGAGUCUGUGGAGAAAAGUAAUCAGGACAGCAGCCCUCAAUUUACCGAUUCUACCCCUGAAGCAUCCGAUAUUCAGGAUAAUCACUGCAGUCCAAAGCCAAAAGGACAAAAAAGGACCAAUCAAAGGGAAAUCUCUAAACUCCAGCAAGGAACAAAACGAAUACGAAUGAACGAGUGCAGUAGAGUUUUUACCUUGAGAAAGAGAACCAGAGUUUCAUGAUGUUCACCUUCUAAUGCACUCUCAUGGUGACAUGAAAGCGUGAUCGCCAAGCAUCAAAGGGACAUUUAAAGUCCCAGUUAUAUGAACUCUUUAAUUUUGUAUUUAUGUUUGAAGGUAUAACUCAAAUAUCUUCAGACUACAGAGAAAACAUUUAAAUACAAAUGGAAACAAAUAACAUAUUUUUAAAAUGCACUAUGUCAGAAUGACUUUUACAUUCCCUUUUAUUAC